CACCAAGUUAUUCAUUUCCGGUAAAAACAACAACCACGAGUUUGGAAGUCUUACUGAUGAACGUGUAGGGAAAUGUCUCGUAACAUACAUAGAUAGUCGACAGCCAGCAUCUUUGACAGAUAUUAAGUUUAUGUUUGAAGGCGUUCCUGCUGUAAACAAAAAACAUGGAGACAGCAGAAGAGAGUGAAAAUGCUAUACCCUCAGAAUUGAAGGAAAAAUUGGCAGCGUUUGACACUUCAUUAUCAGAUAUGGAAAAAGUCAUCCGCCCCUGGCUUGAAGUACCAGAGAGUGAGCUACAUGAAAAGUUAUCUCCCCUUGACAAAGCCAAGUUGGAUUUGGUUGGUGCUUAUACAAUUAAUUCAUUGUUUUGGAUGUACCUGAAUGUGUGUGGAGAGAAACCUAAAGAGCAUGCUGUAAAACAGGAACUGGACCGCAUCAGGAGCUACAUGACGAGGGUGAAGGAUGUACAGGACAAACUUACCAUCAUGCCACAUAUUGACAAAGAUGCCGCCAAACGUUUCCAGAGGAAUGCCUUGUGGCAAGCGGCCAAAAGUCAACAGGGACCAGAUAAUGCUGAGGGUUCAGCUGGUACAGGUGAACACAGUAAGAAAGUGGCUACCACUGGUGCGUCAUCCGAGGAUCCAAUCAUUGUACCUGGUGCUACGCCGAAAAAAAGGAAACACAAGGAUGACGAUGAAGGAUAUGAUGAUGGCACAGGAUUAGGGGAAAAACAAGGAGAAAAACAAAGAAAGAAAAAGAAGAAAAAGAAAGAUAAAAAAUAACUGCUGAUCAAUUGCGUAAAAAGAUUUUUUUAAGGUCGUGAGUUUUGUAAGGUGAAUAGUGAGGACUUUGAAAGGAAAAAGAGUGUAAAAAUGUUACCAGGUGACAGUGAUUGUUGAAAUAUACAGAAAUUUUUUUUUUUCUGAUUU